AUGGCUGAACCCUUGAAGUGCACUUUCGAAGUAAGCUCAAGGAAGUUUUUGGGUUUCCUUGUAAAUCAGCGAGGUGUUGAAGCCAACCUAGACAAGAUUCAAGCCCUUUUGAACAUGCAAAGCCCAACUAAAGUAAAGCAAGUUCAAAGUUUGGCAGGGCGAUUAGCCGUAGCAGAUAUGGCAUCCACUUCUAGUCCCGAGAUUCCUGACCCCACUAUCACUCCAGCAGAGAUCUCCUCUUCAGCAUUGCAGCGUACAGAAGACACAAGCAGCACUCCAAAUGAAAGCAGACCUACCACUGAAACAACCGCAACUGAUGUUAAUAAAGAGGCUGAUGUUAACCCAUUUGCAAGAAAAAAAAGAGCAAAAACAUCUGUGGUUUGGAAUGAUUUUAAGGAGGUGAUUCUACCUGACAAUACCAAAAAGACUGAGUGCAUCCAUUGCAAGGCAAAACUUGCAAUAACGGUUAGUGGGAGCACUACUCACCUUUCAAGACAUUUGAAUAGUUGUGUAAGGCGAAUUCUUUUCCAAAAGCAACAACAAAGGUUUUUCCAGGCGCAAGCAGGAGAUAUGGGUACAAGUGGUGAAACUGAUAAUCUCGUCCCUAUUCUUACCAAUGGGAAAUUUGAAAUGGUUAAAAUGAGAGAACUAGUUGCCAAUUGGGUGCUUAUGCAUGAGCAUCCAUUUACUGUUGUUGAGGAGGAGGGAUUUAAUGAUAUGCAGAGAUAUGCGAUCCCUCAAUGGGAAAGGAUAAACAACAACAUGUGUAAGAAUGAUUGUGUUACUAUGUAUGAGAGGGAGAAAACAAAGUUGAAGAAUUUGUUAAAAACUAUUGACAAAAUAAGCUUGACGACUGAUUUAUGGAAGUCAAGUAAUCAAAAGAUAGAAUACAUGGUUCUAACGGGGCACUUUAUAGAUAGUAACUGGAGGCUACAAAAACGUGUUCUCAACUUCGUGUAUAUACCUCCUCCUCGCACCGGCAUUCUAAUUAAGGAUUUGAUUUAUAAGUGUGCAAAGGAAUGGGGUAUAGAAAACAAGGUGUUCACAAUUUCUGUCGAUAAUGCCACCAGUAAUGAUACGGCAAUCAGGAUCUUAAAAGACAAUUUUUCAAUAAACAAAAGCCUUGUAUGUGGGGGGAAAUUGUUCCAUGUUCGGUGUUACACACAUAUCAUGAAUCUUAUGGUUCAAGAUGGUUUGACUAAAAUAAGGUACAUUGUUGAGGAUGUCCGUGACAGUGUGGCGUAUAUUAAACAAUCGGAGAGCAGGUUUAUCAUGUUUUUGGAAAUCGUACAGUUAUUACGUUUGCCUCAUCGGAAGCUGAUUCUUGAUUGUAAAACAAGGUGGAAUUCCACCUAUGAGAUGUUGAUUACAGCACUUAAGUUCAAAAAUGUCUUUUUAAGAUAUCGUGACAAAGACCCGCAUUAUGAUUGUUGUCCAGAUCCAGAGGAUUGGGUGAGAGUCGAAAAAGUUUGUGAAGUUUUGGAAGUGUUCAAUACCAUUACUAAUAUCAUCUCUGGAAGUGAUUACCCGACUGCAAAUCUAUUUCUGAGUGAAGUUUUUCGGGUUAAGGUUAUGCUAGAUGCAAAGGCAAUGGAUGCAAAUGAUUUUAUUCGAGAUAUGGUGAAGAGAAUGAAAAAGAAGUUUGACAAAUAUUGGGGGGAGUGUAAUUUGUUAAUGUGUGUAGCUUCUGUGGUAGAUCCUAGGUGCAAAAAGGCGAUGCUUGAGUAUUGUUUCCCUAGAAUGUAUGAAGAGAUUGAAGCACAAGCGAAUAUGUUAAAAGUUAAAAAUGCCUUGUAUGAAAUUUAUCAAGAAUAUGUGGAUGAAUCCCAAUCCUUCAACAAUGAACAAAGUGCUGAAAACAGAGUGGUUCCUCAGGUUAAUGUACAAAACCCAAGUAGUUCGUCUGGUUUUGCAUUAUUUACGCAGCAUAUGAAAGUGGUUCAAAGUGUCCCACCAGAAAAAUCUGAGUUAGAUAGUUAUCUAGAAGAAGAAUGUUACAUUUCUGAUGAUGGGGAUGAUCCAACUACAUUUGAUGCACUACAGUGGUGGAAAGUGAAUACGUUGAAGUAUCGUUUGUUAUCUAGGAUGGCUCGUGAUAUACUAGCCAUUCCUAUCACCACGGUAGCUUCGGAGGCCACUUUUAGUGCUGGCAAUAGAGUUAUUGAAACUUACCGAUCUUCAUUGUCUCCAGAAACAGUACAAGUGCUACUUUGCGGAGGUGAUUGGUGUCGUAAUCUAAGAGGACUUAAGAGAAAGAACAAAGAGCAAGAGCUUAAGGAGCAACUUGGGGAGCGGGAGCUUGAGGAGAGUCUUUUAUUGGCUCACCCAGGGGAAGAUCGCCAGCAACAGUCGAAGGCAGAGCUGGCAAGGUCUAGUCCUUGA